UCAUGUUCCGAAUAACAUCAACACAUAGCACAGCCCGUUUACACAGCCUUGGGCAGUAAUUUUUAUGAAACAUUUCUUACCACUUUGGGACUUGUGCAUGCUACCUCAUUAUCGUUUCUUGGAUUAUUUUCAAAAUCGAGCAAUUUUGACAAGGUGUUGUCAAUCAUUCUUGAUCUUUGUUGACGUUGAACCAUUGUGUUGUAAGAUUCUGGUCUGUGUUUUUGAGCGAGUCGUCUACUCAAUUAUACUCUCUCAAAAUGAUUUCUAGAACAUGGACUUGGUCGGUCCUGCUGAUGGUGACGGUUUUGUUCUUGUACUAUCAACUAAUUUCCACCACACGCAAUGUACCCGCACCUGUCCACAAUCUCCAGCCGGGACAUUCUACAAGUUCUUCUGAACCAUCAUGCAUCAAUAUUUGGCGAGACCUGGACGAUGAGGAGGUCGUCAGUGUCUUGGCCUUGUUGCAUUCUCCGGCCGCAGGAUUGAACCUCACCUCAGUCAAGGAAUCUACAUUCAGUGACAAUUUCGUCUUUGUCACGGAACUACUUCGACCAAAUAAAACAGAUUCAGUUGCAUUUCUCGAUCAUCAAACGGCACCACCCGAUCGAUAUGCUCGAGUCACGAUCAAACGCAAUUCUGCAGAAGUCGCCAGAAUUGAAGAGUACAUGGUUGGACCGCUACCUGUAUCAUACACCACUGUCAUCCAGCCUCUGUCCUUCAUCUACAAUAGUGGACGAAGCGAGACGCCAUUUCUAGGAGCUGACGUGACAGCUCUCGAAGGAUGGAUGGAAAGCAUUGCUGAAAGCAUGGAGGAUGUUGUUUUGGAUUUGCUACUCCAUGGCGUUCCAAUUCCCCACCAUCUGACCUUGAAAGAUUUCGUGGCAGCUAGCAACGAUCAGAUCUGGUUUGAAGAAGGCCGUGCUAUGCGAUGGGUAUCUUUCUCACAGAUAUCGGACGCAAACACGCUUUUACCUCAAGGUCUAUAUUUCAAGGCCGACACAACUGGUCGUGAUCCAGAGAAGUGGCGUGUCGUUAUGUGGCUGUACAAUGAUAUUGUAUAUGCUUCCGGAGAAGAGUUGAGAAACGCUUGGAGAUCGCCAGAUUUUGUAAAGCUCCCUGGCAAUCUGGAUGGAGACUGGACUCGGCUUGAACCUGAACAACAUAUGAACAACCAGUACUCUCAUAACGAGCCUCCGAAAUUGACUCAAACUGGAAAAGGCCGUGUUGAGGUCGACAAGAAGAAUUCUUUUGCUUCAUGGAUGGGAUUCGAAUUCUACUUGUCCUUCUCGCAGGUGACUGCACUGUCCCUCUACGACAUCAGACUGGAUGGGGAACGAGUCAUGUACGAAUUGGGGAUCCAAGAGGCAGUGGCUCACUACGCGGGAAACGAUCCUGUUCAGAGUGGGACGUCCUUUCUAGACAGUCUUUUUGCACUCGGCGGUGAUGUGACAGAGCUUAUUCCAGGGUUUGAUUGUCCCUCGUAUGCCACGUUUCUGGACACAAAACAUCAUCGAAUGGAGAAGACAUUCCAUUACAAGAACGCAAUCUGCAUUUUCGAGGCUCCGUCUGAUCAUCCAUUACAAAGACAUUCCCGAGGAUCCUGGGUCACCUCGUUCUCCAAUUCGGUGCUUAUUGUUCGAUACAUCACAGUUGUUGGGAACUACGACUACCUCAUUGACUAUAUAUUUUAUCUCGACGGCUCCAUUGAAGGCGCGUACUGGAGCAACAACAAACGCUAUGGAUAUCACGUCCAUGACUUUUUGUCAAGCUCUAUCCAUGACCAUAUCUUGAAUUUCAAAGCAGAUCUGGACAUUGCGGGCUCCAAAAAUACCAUAGCGGUGGUCAGCGUUGCGCCAAAAGAAGUGGAUUACCCAUGGUCAUCGAAACCACGGAAUACCAUGGUUCUCGAAAAGUCUCACAUCUUCACUGAAGACGAGGCAAGCCUCAACUGGCCGGCAAAUGGAGCCAGUAUGUACGUCAUUAUGAAUCACCAAGAGAAAAAUGCGUAUGGAGAGAGCCGUGGAUACAGAAUCAUGCCUGGUACUGGCAUGGGAUCACCCGUCCAUCUUACAGUGAAGAACUCUUCCAACCUUCUCAACUCUGCCAAAUGGACGGAACAUGACUUCUUUGUUACGAAGCAAAAGGAUACAGAACCACGAUCAGCAUCACCGCAGAAUGCACUUACUCCCGAAGAUCCAUUGGUAAGAUUCGACAGUUUCUUGGACGGAGAGAGUUUGGUCGAGGAAGAUUUAGUCAUUUGGUUCAAUUUGGGAAACCACCAUGUUCCACAUUCUGGGGAUAUUCCAAACACGUUGAUGACAACUUCUGCAUCGUCUGUGAUGUUCUCCCCUCACAAUUACCACAACAGAGACAGGUCAAGGGCUCUAACGAAAGGUGUCCGUAUUGAUUUAAAAGAAGAGGGCUUCUUGGAUUCAGAGGAAGAGCUCGUCCAAUGA